AUGCGUCCCAGGAGUAAUGGGGGCUUCGGGGUCUCAGAGGUCAGCCGCAGCAGCAGCAGUGUGGUGAUCAUCUGUCCACUCCUCCCACCCCCAUCCCACCUCAUGUCCAAAGAAAUCAUUAAACAUUCACUUUGUAGAACUCUGUGUUUUUGUGGGGGGGGUGUGGUUGGGGGGGUGGUGUGGGGAAGGCGUUGGGGGGUGGUCGUGAGGAGUGGGGGUUGGGGGUGGGCGUGGGGGGUGGGGGGGGGUGGGUGGGGGGGGAGAGGGGGGUGGGGGGGUGGGUUGGGGAGGGGGGAGGUGUCGGGUGGUGACACGGCGGUGGUGUGUGGUGGUUGGGUGGGGUGUGGGGGGGGGUGGGGGGUGGGGGGGGGGUUUUGGGUGGGGUGGGGGUGGGUUGGGGGGGGGUUGUGGGGUUGGGGGGGGGUGUGGGGGGGGGGUGGGGGGUGGGUGGUUGUGUGGGUGGGUGGGAGGGGUGGGUGGGGGGGUGGGGGGGGGUGGGGGGUGGGGGUGGGGGGUUGGGGGGGGGGGGGAGUGGGGUGUGGGGGGGGGUGGGGUGUUGGGUGGGGUGGGGUGGUGUGGGGGGGUGGGUGGGGGGUGGGGGGGGGGUGGGGGUGUGGGGGGGGGUGGGGGGUUGGGUGGGGGGGGUUGGGGGGGUGGGGGGGUGGGUGGGGGGGGGUGGGGGGGGGGUGGGGGGUUUGUGUGGUGUGGGGGGGGUUGGGGGGUGUGGGGGUGGGGGGAGGGGAGUGUUGGGGGGGGUUGUGGGGGUGGGUGUGUGGGGGGUGGUGGGGGGGGGGUUGGGGGGUGGGGGGGGGGUGUGUGGGUGGGGUUGGGUGUGGUGGGUGGGGGUGGGGGUGUGGUGGGUUGGGGGGGGGGGGUGGGGUGUGGUGGGGUGGUGGUGGGGGUGGGGGGUGGGGUGGGGGGGGGUGGGGGUUGGGGGGGGGGGGGGGGGGGGGGGGGGUUUGGGUGGUGUUGAGGGGGGGGUGGGGGUUUGGGGGGGGUGGUAGGGUGGGGUGGGGGGGGGUGGUGUGGGUUGGGGUGGGGGUGGGUGUUGUGGGGGGGGGGGGGUGGGGUGGGGGGUGGGUGGGGGGGGGGGGGGGGGGGGUUGUGGGGGGUGUGGGUGGGGGGGUGUUGGGGGUGUGGGGUCAUCAUGUGGGGUGGGAGGGGUGGGGUGGGGGGAUAGGGGGGGGGUGUUGGGGGGGGGUGGUGGUGGGGGGGAGGUUGGAGGGGGUUGUGACAGAAGAGAAGGAGAAGGAGAACGACGACAUGUAA